AAUAUUUUUUCUAAACUCUCUUCGUUUAGAUUCCCUUCAUCUAUUAACUGCUACUGUGACACGGUAUUGUGGCCCGGAAACUGUGACUUCCGUGUUAAUACACAAACUACCGUGCCGCAAACUCGAUUACUUCGAACAGCAUUACAUCUCAGAUGCGGAUAAGGAGUACAGAUCUAUAGCCUUACGCAUUCUCACAUACUAUUCGGUUUUGUGUCAUAUAUAUUCUUGCGGCUAUGGCAAAAAAGAGGACUUUUCACUUUGACUAUCGUUGCUACACCACUGGUAAGAUCUUACCUUGGUUACAAGCUGAUAUCUCGGCCAUUGGCAAUCACGUACUUAGCUGGAUCUCAAUAUCCUCAUUGUGUGUCAAGUAUUGGACUAAUCUUCGCAUGUUUAUAUGCAUAUUAUCGUUCUUCAGAGUUAUCUCAACUUUUUAGCCACUUCCUGGGUAUUGGAUCAUCCUUUUGUCGCAAUCAACCCUCCACGAUACUUACCUGGAAGGCGUUGGAUGUAGCGAGGCAUGAGAAGGUACUAACUAAUUGAUUCAAAUCCGCACGAUUGAUAGGUCGUCGUAUGAUUCGAGAUACAUGUGUAGAGCGCUUUGUACAAAGCGCUCAUGUACGCUAUCAUUUGUCUGCUCGUCUACUUCUCUUUCACCAUCCAUGUACGUUUCAAUUCACAGUCCAUAGUUAUCCGUGGUAUUGCAAAAGUUUGGUUGACUGAUUAAGGAAGUCGAGAGAUAUGAAAUACCUGUGCAUCGUGGAGGCUAAGCAUGUCAAAAGGAAAAGCAAACACCAGCCCCUUGGUACCUAAGGUAGUGAUAAGGUUUUCAUUCGAAGAUCUUUACCGAAUUGAGGAUCCAAACUUCAGCUGCCCAGUGAUCGAUAUCCAACCCCAGAUCUAGCCCUUUUACACAUGCUUUGAUUUGUUACCGAGAUUCAUAUAAGGUUAACACAGUCUGGUUAAUGGUUAACCUUAAGCAAGAAUCAUUGGAUAUCGAAUCGUUUAGCAUUCCACUACCGGUAACGCCCUAGUUACCUCCUUUGUUCACUCAUCUAUCCACCUAGCUUACCCUACCUUACUGCAUGCAGCCUAUGGACUUCCUAUUGGCGACCAAAAUACGUCAUUUGGCAACACCAGCUUUAUCAAAAAAUACAACAUAUACACAACUUUGGGGAAACAUCACCUCUCUAUCGUGCCGCCGUGUCUAAAACCUUCAAUCCGAAUCUUCUCAUAAUUGUUCCGAAAACAUCUCUACUGCCAUCAGCAGUAGCCCUUAGCUUUCCAUCGCGGGGCACAGGCGCCUAGCUUCACUAUCGUGUUUCCGGUCAUUUUCCGAUAAACAAACUUCAUUCGUACGUCUCUGUCCUAGUGUGACGUUAUCGCGGGAAUCCAUCAAUACAAAUCGAAAAUACUGGCCUAAAAUCUGUGUAUUCGUCCCGAAUGCCAUCAGUUAUAACAUCCGGUGAUAUAGUGAAAAAGAUUUAUACCAAUCCGUCAUUCCCAGCUUCUUGGGUUUGUAUGUAUUAUUGAUCUCAUCUCGUUAAUAAGACUCCAAAAAUCAUGCUCUCAUCCUUGGAACGCAAACGAAUUCGCGAGGUUCGCCGGUACUACAAAAGGUCUCCCGAUGAUCCGCCCAUUGCCGGGGAAGAUGUGCCAGCCGAAACUCCCGAGACAGUCCGGUCCGUAGAAAAAGCUAGCAGCCCGAAUAGUACUUUGACGGCCUUGAUGCAACUGAUUACGUGGCGUCUCGGGGCGGGGAGGGCGAUGGUAUCUGUAGUAGAUGAUAAUGCACAAGUAUUUGUGAUUCCGAUCAAGACUAUCGCAAUCUUUCACUCACGGUUUAUAGUACUUCCUUGCGGAAGCAACAAAGACAUUGGAUUUGUCAGAUUCUUCAAAACAUGACCCAGGCGAUGAUUUAUGGAUGGGGUGUGGAGGGUAAGCUAUCUUGAAGUAACCGAUGUGGAGCUUUUCUAACUACUGUCACCAUUACUAGAACUAUCCGUAGCCAAGCCCUUUGUGCAGUGAGUGUCUCUGUUCCAUUGAUCACCCAUCACUAAGAUAGUGCCAUUAGUAUACUAUAGAAGUUGUCCCUGAGCCAAAUCAUUACGCCUGUUUCAGUGUUCCCGAUUUAAUGGCUGAUCCGAGGUUCUGUAACUUGCCUUAUGUUGCGGGAGGGCCGAGAUUCCGUUAUUAUGCAGGGACCCCUUUGAUCAGUAAUACUGGGAUACCAAUUGGAAGCGUCUUCGUCAUUGAUCCAAGGCCACGCGAGCCAGCUACAAGGGCAGAAAUUGAUUUCCUGGGAUUGAUGGCGAAAAACGUGAUGGAAUAUCUUGAAAUGAAACGAGAAAGUGUACAAUUGAGACGCAAUGAUGUUAUGUCCAAAGGGUUAGCUGCGUUAGUUGAGGGUCAAAGUAAGAUCCCGGGGCAGGUCGUAACAGAUGUCGCCGUCAAGUGCCAAGAAGUUAUCAGGACCAGCUCGGAUGAAGCCAACAUGAUUAACACUAACUUGAGGAGUAGUCUAAUUGUCACUGACAAUUCUUCUGCUACGGUAGCUGAACAGUCAUUAAGCAAGAUCGUGGGGCCCCCGCGUUCACUCAUCGGCGACAACCUGUUAUAUGAUGCCUCACCUAAUACUCCUAUAAGGCCCCUGACAUUGACUGAUGCUCCGGCUACCCAUGAUCGGAUACUUUCACGAGGUGCCAAUUUACUGAGGGAAUCCCUUGAUGUUGACUAUACAAUCUUCUUUGAUAUGAGUAUUGGCUUUUCAACCAGUGCCGAAGAUGGACAGAAUGGAGAGGUUAGAUCACCUGAAAAUGCCAUGGUGGAUGCAUCAAAUACAAGUAAUGACUGCGCCUCGACUGCCGCCCAGCUUGAAGAAAUUGGUAUCAGCUUGUUGAAUAUAUCCACGCGGCCUUGCUCGCUAAACAGGAGGACCAAUGAAGCAGGCUCGGCCAAAGUUAGAAGUUUUUCCACUUCAACGUCUUCAUCGUUGGAAGGCAACACAUUAUCCUGUAACCUGUACAGAGCGCCGAAUGAAAAGGAUCUGCAAAGACUCUCAAAGAGGUAUCCUAAGGGUAAAGUAUGGACGUUCAAUGGCUAUGAUUCUGAAUCUUCAGAGGGAGAAGAUUCGCCACCAUAUGAACAAAUGUUUGCCAUGCAAAAUAAUCCACAUCAGCGCCGUCGAGUCAGAAAAACUGAUCGCAGCAUUAUGAAGCAAUGCUUCCCUGAUGCUCGGGAGGUUCUUUUUGCUCCUCUUUCGGAAGCAGGAACUGAAUUACCAAUAGUGGCAUGCUUUGCAGUAUCGCUACGAGACAUAGCAAUUUUCACAUCGGAUACCGAAAAGGCAUUUGUCCGUGGGUUUUUGAACAGUGUAUCUAUUGAGUAUAAUCGAAUAUCCAUCGCCGCUGCCGACCGUCAAAAGGGAGACUUCAUAUCAAGUAUAUCGCAUGUGAGUAAUUUCAUCCUAUCUAUUUUCAUCCGUUUUGCAAUGUCUUUCUACAAAGUGUAGAGAACUCCCCUUUCAUGACGCAAACCACUGCAAGGUAUCUAGUGGUCCAGACUUACGAAGCAGAGUCAACCUUCCAAAGCUUAGAAAGUUGAUUAUUUGCAUGAAUCAAUUGUUCUAGAUAAAUCUGACCUUUCAAAUUACCUCUUUCUUGAAAUUCUUUUCCAAGGCUUUUAUUUAUUUCAGAAAUCAAAAGCUUGUUAUUGUUGGACUGCAAGUCCGGACUAUUGGAUAUCCUAAUUGUCGGCUGGCACGUGCUUGAGGCCCUUCCCAGCUUCGCCUCUGUCUUUACACAUUCUAAACUUACAAAAUCUUCAGAGUUGCAACUGACAGACUGAAGGAACUGAAAUCGCCGCUUCAUGGCAUACUGGGAUCUGCCGGUAUUUAUGUUCUGCUAGGAGUUUUCAGGAUACGUUCUAACGACUUUGAUAGAGCUCUUAAGCGAGACGAGUCUUGACAAUGGUCAAUUUGAAUUUUGCUCGACAAUCGAAACGUGUGGACGAGUCCUUCAAGAAACUUUGAUGGAUGUUCUUGAAUACUCCAAGGUAUGGAUUCGGCUUCCCUAGAACUUUCGCGGUUACUGAACCUGCAAAUGCAUUGGCAAACUCUCACCCACACAAAGCUAAUACUUCCAGCUGAACAACCUAAAGAAAGAUAAAGCAGCUGGAGCAAGGGUUCCGAAUAAGAAUGGAGAUACUUCAGAUUCUCAAAAAGUAGGCGGCGAAAGCCUUGCUAGCGGAGACAUGGAUUCGCUACCUCUAGAUCUUGCUAGGAUGUGUGAAGAUUCGGUGGCGAUUGUUGCAGCUGCAUACAUGCAUCACAGAUCAAAUUCUGAACAUCUUCUUCACCAAGUAAUGCAACCUCCAGGAACCACGGACAGGGAAGAGGAUCGGAUGUUAUAUAAAUCUAGCUCCGUCACUGUAUCUUUACAGAUAGCCUUGAAUGAUUGGCACUUUUUCUGCUCUCCAGGAUCCGUACAGCGCAUCAUCAUGAAUUUAGUUGGGAACAGUCUCAAGUAUACCUCGACAGGCUUCAUAGAUAUUUCUUUAACAGUUGAAUCUGCGAAAAAUGACAACCUCGAGUUAUCGACGACACCAAAGAUAUUCGGUGAUGAUUUGGUGGUACUGCGAGUUAGUGAUAGUGGCAAGGGCAUUUCUAGCGAAUUUUUAAAGAGCAAGCUUUUUAUAGCCUUUUCUCAAGAGUCUUCAAUAGCGCCGGGUACCGGUAAGAAUUUAAUCAUGUCUCUUGGUCAUGCUGGUAUGCUAACUUACUCAAGGACUCGGGCUUCACAUCGUAGAUUCUCUUAUACGGAUGUAUAAUGGAACCAUUGAUGUCCAAAGUCAAAUUGAUCAUGGCACUACGGUUACAGUUAAACUACCUCUCGCGAAGGCAGCUUCUGAUAAAACUUCUGUCGCACCUGCUGGUACCGUUCCCAAGGACCAAGUUGUCGAAGUAAAGAGGCUGCUCCAGGAAUUCAAAUAUUCCACUUUUUCAACGCAUGGAUUUCACUCUGGUUCAUUAAGUUAUCUGAAGAAAUCCCUACACGAUUAUCUUACCAAGUGGCUCGGCAUGAAUCAUGGUGCUGAUGAUCGUGCUGCUGAUAUUGUCUUCGUCACAGAAGAGAGACUCGAUGUAUUCUUGUCGCAGUUGAUGAAAGCCAGUUCAUUCAAGCCUUCGCUUAUAAUAGUGGUACGCUAUGUUCCAAGCCAGGGCCAUACAUCACAGCAAAGCUCCAUUAUUGGCAUUCCCAUUGAGAGUUUGACGAUACCUUUUGGUCCUUGGAAAUUGCUGAAAACGUUGAUCACCUGCUUAUCUCCGAAGAAAGAGCAGCGAUCGCCAACAACUUUGACUAUAACCGAAAACAAAUGUUCUUACAACAGCCCUUUGGCCUCCCCAAUGACUGAUGUUCAAACGGAGCUUGGGGUGUCCGUCACCAGGCCCGCUGCUGAUGAAGUACCCCCUGACAAGCCGCUUGCUGCGCCUCAAAAUUCACCGAACCAUUCUCAACCUACAAUUCUUUGCGUUGAUGAUAAUCCUAUCAACCUCCGCAUCCUCAAAGCAGGUUUCCGCAAACUGAACUUUGACAUCACGUGUGCGGAAAAUGGAGCUGUGGCGUUUGCAAAGUAUCGUCUUCAACCUAAUGGGUUUGAUCUUGUCUUUAUGGGUGAGCAGAAUCUACUUUUCCCCUGACAUUAAUUUGCUUCUGGCUAGUAAAGCAAAUCAGAUGUUAAUCCAUACAUCUACAUAAUGCCUUAGAUUAAACUAAUAAAUGUAAUCAAUAAUAGAUAUUAGCAUGCCCGUCUGCAACGGCUACCAAUCUACACGAAUGAUCCGAUGUCUCGAUAACCUUCAACAGAGUAUCAGUCCCGUACCAUUACAACCAACGCGUAUCGUGGCACUCUCAGCCGCAUAUUCAGAGAAGGAUCUGGAAAAGGCGAAGGCGGCGGGUAUGGAUGAUUUAUACACGAAACCUAUGAAGGUUAGUAGGUUGGAGACGUUGAUGAGGGAUUGGGGUUAUUUGGAUUCAUGAUUGGAAAAUACGAGAGUUGGAGGGUGGGUAGGAAAUCUGGGGGAAUUCGGUUAUAGAAGAUAUUGUCGAGAUGGAUAUGGAUGUAUGGCCAAUUGGUAUUAUAUUUGAAAAAAAUUCAUUUGGAUGAUGUACGA